AUGCUUCGAUUGGUACGAAAGGGAGUUUCGCAGCGAGCCCUGUCUGCUGGAUCUCCAGUUUUCCCUGGAACUGGCCUCAACGAGGAUCAGCUUGUCUGGCAAGACGCCGCUCAAAAGUGGGGUGCCGCAGAGCUCGGUCCGUACUCGGCUGAGUGGGACGCUAAAUGCCACUAUCCAAUCGACGUUAUCAAGUCCUCAGCUGAACAAGGUUUUCUUGGACUGUAUACUUCCGAAGAUGUUGGAGGCAUGGGCCUUUCCCGAUUGGAAACGUCUAUUGUUGUUGAGGCACUGAGUGAGCAUUGUGUUCCCACCACGGCCAUGAUGACGAUUCACAAUAUGGUAUCCUGGAUGAUCGAUGUUAACGGAACUCCCGAACAGCGGGAAGAAUUUUGCCCAAGAUUGACGUCCGGCGAAAUCAUCGGCUCUUACUGUCUUACUGAGCCUGGCUCCGGCUCCGAUGCCUCUGCUUUGGCUACUACUUGCAUUCGUGAUGGCGAUGACUAUGUUCUCAACGGCUCAAAGUGCUUCAUCUCCGGCGCAGGCGUCCAUGAUCUCUAUGCCGUCAUGGUCCGAACUGACCCUUCCACUAAGGGGCCAAAGGGAAUUUCUUGCGUUCUUAUUCCAAAAGAUACUCCUGGUCUUUCAUUCGGAAAGGACGAAACUAAAAUGGGCUGGAAGUCCCAUCCGACUAGAGUUCUUAUCAUGGAAAACUGCCGAGUGCCAGUCAAAAAUCUUCUUGGCGUCGAAGGCAAAGGCUUCAAUAUUGCCAUGUCUGGUCUUAACGGUGGUCGAGCGUUCGGACAGACUCUUGACAGACAACAGUAUCUUCAGUACAAAAUGGCCGAACUUGCUACGCAAUUGGUGACCUCGCGACUUAUGGUUCGACACGCAGCUUCGGCUAUUGACAAUAAGGAUCCAGCUGCUGCUUCUCUCUGUGCCAUGGCGAAGCUUCACGCUACUGAUAGUUGCUCUGAAGUCGCUAACGG